CAAAUUUCGCUAAGUACACAAAUGAAAGGCAACGACGACGGAAGUUCUCGUUCACUUCUUCCCGUCCCAUCGUGCACUCGACUUCUCUUCGGGACUCGAAUCCAAAUCGAAAGAUUAUUCGCGGGGAGCACGCGCUGGUUUGGAGUUGGAUAGCCUCACGAAGAUGAGAAAACUCAAGAUCCGAUCCAAACAGCGAGGGGGGCGAGGAGCAGGACAGAAGAGAGACCGGUGGAGAGAGAACCGACAGGAAGAGACGCUUAGUCUGAUUUCUCGUCCCUUUCUCCUUGCAUCUCCUGCGAGAUAGAGAGAAGCAUCGUCCGCCAUGGGGCUGCUGGAUCUGAUGCGCCUCAUGCCCACGAAUUGCCAGCGGGACCAGCAGCGCCGCCGCCGGCAAGCCAAGGCCCAAGCCCGUGAUGGAUCCAUCGCUUCACGGCUUAAAAGAAAGGGCUCACCCUGCCAACUAGAUGACUAUUCUCAGGGUGCUGACCUAGAGAUACAUUCAGGACCAAGCCUUCCAGAGGACAUGUGGCAUCAUAUACAUUCCCUGAUGCCAAUGCGAGACGCUGCCCGAGUUGCCUGUGUCUCUCGUUCCUUUCUACAUUCCUGGAGAUGCCAUCCCAACCUCAGUUUCAGCAAGAACACAUUAGGCUUGAAUAAAAAUGCAUUUCAAGAGGACAAAUCCGCUCGAGUUUUCUAUAUUAAAGUUGACCACAUUCUGCGAAAGCACUUAGGCGUUGUGAAGAAACUCAAGAUCCAGAUUGAUUCAGAUUACAGUGCAAAGGACUCUUGUUAUCUCAACAAUUGGCUUCAGACUGCUGUUACACCAGGGAUUGAAGAGCUCACACUUAUACUAAUCCCACAUGAUGCAAAGUACACUUUCCCAUGCUCAAUUUUGUCAAAUGGGAGUGGGGACACAAUCCAACACCUUCACCUUGGCAACUGUUCCUUUCAUCCAACAGUCACAUUUGGUGGCUUAAGAAGUCUCACAAGAUUGCAUCUUUGUCACGUGUGCAUUACGGGGGACGAGUUAGGGUUCCUUCUUUCCCAUUCUCCUGCUUUGGAGCGGUUGGAACUCAAGUGCUGCAAUAAGAUAGUUCGUCUGAAGGUACCUCACCUACUGCAGCGGCUCAGCUACCUGGAGGUGACCGGGUGCACCAAGCUGAAAUUUAUAGACAAUGAAGCACCGAACGUUUCCAGUUUUGCAUUCGGAGGAGAAAACACAGUACAUCUAUCACUUGGAGAAACUUCGCAAAUCAAGAGCCUAAGUAUGAACCGCCCUGGUUCAGUUUUUUAUGCUCGUGCUGAACUUCCAUCCAGCAUGCCAAAUCUUGAAGCUCUUACCAUAUAUUCACAGGAAGAGAUGGCCCAUGCACCAAUGCUGCGUAGCAAAUUCAUCCACCUCAGGCACUUGAGCAUGGUUCUUACUGGAGCACUCCUUUACCCGAUCUAUGAUUAUUUGUCCUUGGCUUCCUUUUUAGAUGCUGCUCCUUCUCUGGAGACUUUCGACUUGGAUUUAUGGCAGCGAGACAUGGAGAAUGCUUCGGUUUUUGCAGAUCCUGCAGAUCUGAGACAGAUGCGAGAACUGCAGCAUCACAACCUUAGGAGUUUGAGGAUCACAGGAUUUAGCUCUGUGAAGAGCUUGGUUGAGCUGACAUGCAAUAUUCUUGAGAGUAUAACGUCACUUGAGCGCUUGACAUUGGAGUCCACUCAAAGCGUUCUCAGGUGUUCUGACCGUGGCAAUAAAUCUGGCAAAUGCUUCCCACUUGAUAGCGAUAUUCUCAUGGAAGGUUACAGGGGAGUCUUGGCUAUCAGAAGGUAUAUUGAGCCUAGGGUCCCCUCCACAGUAAAGCUGCAAGUUUUAGAGCCUUGCAGCUGCCAUGCUGCUGUACUUUAGAUGUCAUGUUUAUCUGGCUGUUCAAUGUUUAAUCAUGUUGUUGUUGUUGCUGCUGCUGCUGCUUCUUCUCAAUUAUGUUGGUGUUUACAUGGGUCAUGCUUGUGUGUGUGUGUGUGUGUGUGUGUGUGUGUGUGUGUGUGUGUGUGUGUGUGUGUGUGUGUCUACAAGGCCCUGUUAUUGAUCCUACAGAAGAAGACGUGGGGAAGUUAGCCGAGAGAAAGUGAGGAGAUGGACUCUGUAAUUUUGUUGCCACUCCUCUGUUCUAUGAGAUUCAUCUGAACCUAUCCCUGUUGCUGUGCUUCCUAUCCUUGAUCUAAUCUGGUUCGCAGCUUACAACUUGGCCUGAAUGGCAUCUGAACUACUAUCCUCAGAAUGUAAGCUUGUUGAGUUAGGACAUGAGCAGUUGUGUUCAGUUUUCUAUCAAUCUUGAAGAUUCUUCCUCCAA